AUGGCGUUUACAGAGAAGAAUCUAUCAACAAAGAUUAUACUAAGAAAAUCCAUUUUCACAUUUCUUCAACAUUACCCAUUUUUCUCCACUUUCUCUUCCUUCAUAGCCUUCCCCGUCGCCGCCGCCGUCCUCCUUUCUCCGGCGAUUCUUCUCAAUUCCCCUCUGCAACUUCUUGUUCUCCGGCGACUCUCUUUACUCUUUCAAGCCGCCGCCUUUCCUCCUUCCUCCGUUGUAUUCACUUUCUUAAAUCUUAAACUCUCUCAAGUAAUCACAUCUUCUUUCAUACUAAUCCCUUUAUCCAUCUCUUUUAACGCCAUUUGUAAAACCUCUGUAAUUCAUGUUAUCAGUCAAAAUCACAGUCGCCGGAAAGUUUCUCUCUCUUACUUCCGGUCAAUUUACAGUUCAAUUGUUGAAACCCAACUAUGGGUUUUCUUUAUUAUCCUCACUGCUAACUCCGUUUGUUAUUUCAUCUUCUUCUUUGCAUUCAAUUUUAUGGGUUCGACCAUCUUGGUUUCUGUUCUUGGAUGUGUUAUUUACUCUGUUGUUCUUGCGAAUGUUGUUGUUAUUUGUAACUUGGCGAUUGCUUUAUCUGGAAUGGAGAAGAUUGGUGGGUAUGUUUCGAUUCUUAAAGCUUGUGUUUUGAUUAGAGGGAAGAUGGGUAUUGGUUUGUCGAUUGCUUUGCCUUUGAUGGUAGCCAUGGCUGGAUUUGAAGCUCUGUUUCAGUACAGGGUGAUGAGAGUUUAUUAUGGUGGAAAUGAUGAGAUGAUUUCGAUGAUUUGUAUGGUUUUUGAAGGGGUUUUGAUUACUUAUUUGUAUUCUAUUGUUCUUGUUCUUGAUUUUCUUGUUACUUGUUUGUUCUUUAAGAGAUGUAGUGAUUCUUGUUUUGUUGAUGAUCGGAUUGAAGAUGAGAUUGAGGAGGAGAUUUCAAGUGGGUAUUUGAAUUUGUAUUAUGUUUGA